AUGCUGCCCGUGCCGGCCGCUCCGCGGAGCGGCGGCGUGAUCCGUGGCCGCCGCUGGGUGCUCGUCCUGCUGCGUUCCGUGCCCUUUGUGAUGUUGCUGUCAACGCUGGCCACCGUGGUGUGGACAGUGCAGGUGCUGUGGGCGACCGGCGCCACUUGGCUGUUCGUCUACUACCUGCCGGUGGUGGUGCAGGUCUACCUGAACUGGGCGGCGGUGCGGGUGUCCCGCGACCGCUUCGAUGUGCGCGAGGCCACCGGCAGGUCGGCGGUGGUGCGCAACGGCACGCUGCUGCAGCGCACCUACUUCUGUCCGCGAUGCCGCGUGGACACGAGCUACGAGUGCCGGCACUGUCCGCUGUGCGAGGCGUGCGUGGCGCAGCGCGGCCACCACUGCUUCCUGCUCGGCACCUGCAUCACCAGGUACUCGAUGAAGCACUUCAUGGUCAUCUGCGUGUACGGCGCCGCCGCCUGCUUCUUCAGCGGCCUCACCUUCCUCUCCGACUGCAAGAUGCCGCGGGCCGUCGUCUACCUGGCGCCAGUGGCGCUCGGCUACUACCUCUCGGGCGUCAUCAGCUUCUCCAAGCUCGUCUACUCGUUCGUCAUCAACCUGGAGCUCAGCAGCGGUCUCCUCAUCGUCGGCUUCACGGUGCACCACCUCUUCAUGGCGGCCGUCGGCCGCCUGCCCUACUGCAACCAGGAGGACGUGGAACGCGGCUCGUGGCGCAACCUUGUGGAGCUGUUCGACGGGCCGCUCGGCUUCCUCAACUUCGUCGUGCCUUUCUCAGCGGUCGCCAACAAGAGGGUCAACAGCAAUAAGCUGCAGAGCUACAGCAAAAGUGUUUAA